AUGUUGAGGCAGACUCAGCAUCGCAAGUCCUCAGCCACUGCAGGGGAAAACCCCCGCCACAGCCAGUUCCCCUCUUCUUCCUUCCUUGUCUCCCGGGCGGCGGCAGUGGCUGAAACAGAUGCCACCUCCAAGUUCCCUGCUGUGUCCUCAGUGCACAGAGUAGCACCUGGCACAGAGCCGAUGCUCAAUGAGCAUGUGUGUGCAUUUACUGUCCUCUCUUCCCAGGCUCCCGAGAAGCAGAGGGGAAAUGGGACAUGGCUAGUGACAGAGUUCGUGCUGGUGGGAUUCUCCAACCUUCCGCACCUGAGGACCACACUCUUCGCGUUGUUCCUCCUCACCUACCUGUUCACCGUCAGUGGCAACGUCACCAUCAUCACCAUCAUCCAUGUGGAUCGCACGCUCCACACACCCAUGUACCGCUUUCUGGCGGUGCUGUCCCUCUCUGAGACCUGUUACACGCUGGUCACCAUCCCCAACAUGCUGGCCCACCUGCUGAUGGAGAGCCAGGCCAUCUCCAUCUCUGGCUGUCGGGCUCAGAUGUUCUUCUUCCUGGGUUUGGGUUGUAGCCACUGCUUCCUCCUUACCCUGAUGGGUUACGACCGGUACGUGGCCAUCUGUCAUCCCCUGCGCUAUUCGGUGAUCAUGAGACCCACCGUUUGCCUCUGCCUGGGAGCCUUGGUUUUCUGCUCUGGGUUCUCGGUGGCCUUGGUGGAGACCUGCAUGAUCUUCUCCUCGCCCUUCUGCCGCGGAGGCCGCGUGGAGCACUUCUUCUGCGACAUCGCCCCGGUGCUGCAGCUCAGCUGCGCAGACAGUGCGCAGAGGGCGCUGGGCAUCUUCUUCCUGAGCGUGCUGGUGGUGCUCUUCUCCUUCCUCCUCAUCCUCCUGUCCUACGCCUUCAUCGUGGCGGCCAUCCUGCGGAUCCGCUCCGCCGCCGGCCGGCGCAGAGCCUUCUCCACCUGCGCCGCGCACCUCACGGUGGUCGUGGUGCAUUUUGGCUGCGCCUCCAUCAUCUACCUGCGGCCCGACUCCGGGGCGAACCCCGCCCGGGACCGCCUGGUGGCUGUGUUCUACACGGUGGUGACGCCGCUGCUCAACCCCGUGGUGUACACUCUGCGCAACAAGGAGGUGAGGGUGGCGCUGAAGAGGACCCUGGCGCGCAGCGGCGGGGUUUCAAGAUGA